CCCCAGCUCUCACUGGCAGACCCCCAGCAGAAUCAGUCUCCUGGAGCAGGCAAUCUGGGAAUUUCAACAGCAUGAAGUCACUCCCAUCCCCCAGACUUCAGAACUGCCAAGCAGCGGCCUCCUUAACGUGAAGACAAUGAGGAUGAAGACUUUUAUGAUGAGCCUCUUCCACUAUAGGAAUGUCUUGGCCUCGGCAAGAAGAACACCCAUCCCUACCCAGCUGUCUUCAGCUCCUGUCCUUCCUCCCAGCUGCCAGAGAAUUAUCAGCAGGAGGAAUGGCACCAGCUGUGACCCGGCUCCUUUUCCUUCAGCUUGUUCUAGGGCCAACUCUGGUCAUGGACAUCAAGACGCAGAUUGGCAAAAAGAACUUCUAUGCCUUAAACAUUGACUAUCCCAGGGUUACCUUCCCAAAGGGUUUCCAGGGCUAUUGUAAUGGUCUGAUGUCCUAUAUGCGGGGCAAGGUGCAAAAUUCGGAUUGCCCAAAGAUCCAUUAUGUGAUACAUGCCCCUUGGAAGGUCGUCCAGAGGUUCUGCAAGUAUAGUGACAGCUUCUGUGAUAAUUACAAUGAAUACUGCACGCUCACCGAGGAUGCCUUCCCCAUCACGGUCUGCUCCCUGAGCCACCAAAAGCCACCCACCAGUUGCUACUACGAUAGUGCCCUGACCAACCAGAAGCUCUACCUACUCUGCUCCCGCAAGUAUGAAGCUGAUCCAAUAGGCAUCAUCAGUCUCUAUUCGGGAGUUUAAUUCCUGAGUCAUUCCCCAACCUCUACCACCACAGACCAGCCUGUCUCCAUUUCCAACACUCUGAUCCCUGUAACAAGACUUCCUUCCUGACUUCUGAGGCAGGCAGGGUCCCCUCCCAAGAGACCAGGUGGGUGGGAAAAUGUCCAGGGCUUUGAUCACCAUACAAAGUGGUGCUAUCUUCUAGGUUCUUUCCAGCUUGUUUACUCCCUCUUCACCCCCACUUCCUCAUCAUCCUCCCUCUCCCAGAGACAGUAAAACCCACCCAAGAAGUUGACUGUGUCCAGUUGGCAGUGACUGUCCACCCACUGGGCCAGAUCCUAAGUCCUGGAUGGAGGCCCAGGGCCUCAGCUCACACCAUGGCAACAGGCACCAGCUCCGAGUCUCACCUCCCCAUCCCCACCACCCUUCUCAUCUCAGCCUCCCCCAGUUCCCUUAUUCCCUCCACUCACCCACCUCCUCAGGGGAUAUGGCUAGCUAUAGGAACCUCCCUGAGGCCUUCAGACUCAUGUUAGCCUCACUUCCUCACAACCCCCAGUUUCUAGCCUGUUUCUCUCUGUGAAAUUAUUGUUUCUCCCUUCAUAUAACUGUCCUCUCCUCUUUCCUCUUACUAUGGAGCCUAGGACUGUCUCUCCCCCACACUCCCCACCACCUUAGUCACCCCGCCUUCCUUUUUCCAACCUCUUUUUCUUCCAGUCUUCUUACCUUGGUUCACUGGCAUUUCAAGGUAUCUUCUGUCACCCAUUCCACAGAGGUUUCUGCUUCCCUUCUCUUCCAGAAGCUUCUCCCAAAUCCCCCAGACUCCAGAGUCUGCCCCUGACCAGGCAGGGAAUGAGGCAGACCCAGCUCUAAUCAAACAUAAAUUUCUAAAACUACAUCUGAGUACGUAAGAUGUAACCAUUGGAGGAAACUGGGUGAAGGGCACACGAGACCCCUCUGUACUAUUUUUUUUUUGUAACUUCCUGUGAAUCCAUAAUCAUUUCAAAAUAAAAAUUUACGAACACA